CGCAAUCGUAAGGACAAUCCUUGACCAGCUGUGUUUUGCGUACAUUGAAACGGCUGCUAACGUGACUGUUCGCGCUCUUUUUCCAACUGCACGCACAAGCUGCCACAGGAUUAUCACGCGUGCGCGUGCAUACGUUCAAACAUGAGGAUCUUUCUGCUGGUGAUCCCAGCAUGCCUGCUGGUCCUCGCGGAAGCGCGAAGAGUUCAGCUACGGGCUCGCAUUGCAGAGCCCCAGGUCUACUACGAGGAGGAGGAUGAUGCUCAACCAGCCGCUGAGACUGACGACUACAGCUCGCAGAUCGCCUACCAGCCACGAACCAGAGCUCUGCCCUCCCCUCGUUCCAAAGACACGAUACAUGGCUCCAAACCACCUCCAGUGCAGACCAUUCGUAACUACAAUAAGGUCAACGACGAUGGAUCGUUCACCUUCGGUUACGAGGCCGCCGACGGCUCCUUCAAAGAGGAGACCCGAGGCACCGACUGCGUUGUACGCGGCAAGUACGGAUAUGUUGAUCCCGACGGCAACAAACGGGAGUUCACCUACGUUUCCGGUAAUCCCUGCGACCCGAAUGCUCCGAAAGACGAGGAUGAUGAUGAACUGGUCAGGAAACAGGAAGCUGAUGACGUCUCCGGUCCAGCAAACUAUCCAUCGGUGAGACCGGUGCCACGACCCAUCAGACCAAAUUACCCUGCUACCACACAGCGAGCGCCUACAACCAUCUUCCAGACUGAGUAUCAGCUUGCCGACGACGACGCCAGCCAAGAGCUCGAGGAAGAGGCCCCAAGGGCUCAACAGAUCCGCCCUUCGGCUUUCCGUAAUGCUAGACCUCAGUACGUGACGGUCGCUGCGGCCGAACCCUCGUCUCCUCUGUACCAACCCGCACCCACGACUAGUCCUACCCUGUACCGUCUGGCAUCGACGGCCGCUACUGCUCGCUACAACGCGGCCACGACCCCGGCACCCGUGCGCCAAUCUUCGUAUUACCAGCCAAUCGAGACCAGCACGCGUGCCGCGGUAACUCGCGCUCGACCCCAGUCUGUUGCCAUCACUCCCCGACCUCACGUAGCCCAAGUAGCCGCCCAGUAUGUGUCACCCAGCAGCACCGAGCGUCCCGGAGUCGUGUUCGCCCCCCGCACCGUAACUCCGGUCUACUCGACCACCACGUCAACUCCACCCAGCCAGCACCUUGACUUCGCCGCCGAACUCGAGCGCUACGUCAACAGCGUGGGUAGCCCGACCCCCAAACCCCAGGUAGUCGCCACCCCCAAGUACGUAAAGGCCGCGUCGUCGCAGUCAGCCGCAGCAGCGCAGGCUGCCCGAGGCGAGCCGAUAUACCAGUCCGAACUGGUCUACGACCCGUCCACCGGUCAGUACAACACUCAGCUCUACCAGAGUCUGCCCCAGACGCUCGGCGAUUUCAGCCUCAGUCACAAGCUGCAACCGUUCGUAGCUACGCAGCAGCAGCCGCUGGUCGGUCUGUCGCAGAGUCCGAUCUACCGUUCAGCAGCCUCGGUGCCCCAGCCGGCCCAGCAGUCGGCCUCAAGAGCCCAGCCACAACCGCAGGAGGCCAUCUACAGGAAGCAGCAGCAGCAGCUGCUACAGCAGUCUCAGCAGCUCUACGCCCAGCAGCAGCGCAGGCAACAGCAACCCGCCGCCAGCCCAGCUCACCAGAGGAUCCAACUGCUACAGGACCCGCAAAGGGACGCUCAGAACUUUUAUUACAUCGCGGCGGCACAGGGACCCCAGCAAGCUCAGUCUCUCUCCGUUGGACAGAUCGACCAGUUCCUCCGGGGUGGCGGCAGUUUUUGAGAGAUGAGCCACGAGAAUACGAGCACCAAUCGAGUCACCCAACCUCCCUGCCCCCAAAGCUCUGUUUUUCGUAAUAGCUAGUGCGACCGAUUGCCCCGAGGAUUCCUAUGAUCCGCGCUAGCGCCUCCUACGCGGCCUCGUUUCUCGUUUUCUCUUUUCUCUUCCGUCUUCUACUUUCUUUCUUUUGCUCUUCGCGUACCGCAUUUCCCACUGUCACUGCCACUGCCCGGCGUCACAUCGUCGGGGAGAUAAAUGGAUGGCGACGUAUUUAUGACUUCGUGUUGCAGGCUAAGCCAAGCGGUGAUGUAUGAGUGGCAAAUCGAUCGGCCUCGCGAACACUUUUAUAAUGGAGAUAAUGAUAUCACUGCUGUCGCGACAAUGGCGUUGUUCAGUGGACGCGAGGCGCCUGUUUGCUAUGAGUAUUUUUUCCACCUUCUUCGGAGAACAGAAGAAAUACCUACUACGACUAGACAAUUUAAUCAUUUUUCGGCUGACGCAAUCUUGCGAAACGUACCAGGCUUAAAUUAUUCAUUCGCAUCCAUUUAUCAGCAACGACUUGCCGCAGUAUUCAUUAUCUCCAACUGAAAGUACACUCGCAAGCUGAGGAUAUGUAAGCGUCAAGUCUUCUGCGUUAUUUUUUAUAAUCCCAUGUGGUCUGCGGCGGUCAAAAGCAAAACAAACGUUUGCCGAUGGGAAAAGUGGUCCGAAAUUCUGACGCGUAUAGGAGCUUCGAAUAUAUGAUGAAAAUCGAGAACGAUUACACACUCCUAAAUACUUUCUAUUACGUAUGUGUCCGCGCGAAAAGUGAAAUCUUAACACGCACGAACAUCGUGUUUUGGCGUUUCAAUGGCUUUGAGCGGGGAAAGUUGUAA